AUGUCUCAAGUCUACACAACAGACCACUCAACCUCAGUGCUCCGCACACACAGCUGGCGUACAGUCUCCAACUCCGCGCCAUACCUCCUCCCACAUCUAAAGCCAGACCUGAAAAUCCUGGAUGUCGGCUGCGGACCUGGCUCUAUCACGAUUUCCCUAGCAAAGCAUGUCCCAUCAGGACAUGUUACAGGUGUGGAAUACGUGCCUGAUCCAUUAGAAGGCGCGCGUGCCCUUGCGCAAGCUGAAGGCGUGUCGAACAUUACCUUUCAAGAUGGGAACAUUCACGCGCUGCCAUUCGAGGACAAUACAUUCGAUAUGGUGCAUGCUCACCAGGUUCUGCAACACAUUACCAAUCCGGUUCAUGCGCUAAAGGAAAUGCGGCGAGUUGCUAAGGACGGGGGCAUUGUUGCGUGCCGUGAGUCGGCGGAGUUGACCUGGUAUCCCGAGUCCGCGGGCAUCGCUAAGUGGCGUGAGGUUACGGAGCGCAUGCAACGUGCUAAAGGUGGUAAUCCGCAUCCUGGGAGAAUGAUUCAUGUUUGGGCACGGGAGGCUGGGUUUGACAGUCGGAGUGUGAAGAGGAGUGCGGGGGCUUGGUGCUUUGGGAGUGAUGAGGAGAGGGCAUAUUGGGGUGGAUCUAUGGAAGAGAGGGCUAGAUCUUCUGGGUUUGCAAAGAAUGUUGUUGAGGAGGGCUUUGCAGAGCCGGAGGAUUUGGAAGUUAUUGCAAAGGGGUGGAGGCAGUUUGUGGAAGACGACGAUGCCUGGUUUGGUUUGUUGCAUGGGCAGAUAUUAUGUUGGAAGUAG